GCCCACGGACCCCCCAGAACCCCCCAGCCCCGGGGCUGCCUCGGGGGCCCCCAACGGCCCUCAGCCAAUCCCAAAGCGCCCACGCCGCCCGCGCCCAAUCCCAGCGCGCCGCGCUGAUGACUCAUCAGUCGCCGGGAAGACACCUCGCCCAAAGUGUCUCCAACUGCGCCCUCAGCCAAUCCGAGCGCGCCCCAAACCCUCCCAAAACGUCUCCGCCCGGCUGGUUUUGGGGUGUCAGCAGCUGUCCGGCGCUGGGCAUGGAGCGUGUGCGGGGAGCUGGGGCCGUGCUGGCGGUCCUGGUGGUGCUGGGAGCCCCCCCGGCUGCGGGCGAGGAGCUGUCGGGGGUGUUCCAGCACAUGACAAAGAACGAGUGUCACUUCAUCAACGGCACGGAGCGGGUGAGGUUCGUGCAGAGAAACAUCUACAACCGGGAGCAGUUCGCCCACUUCGACAGCGAUGUGGGAGUCACUGUGGGGGACACCACGUUUGGGGAGUUCUGUGCCAGGUCCUGGAACAGCCAACUGGAAGGGUUAGAGUUCUAUCGGGCUCAGGUGGACACGUUCUGCCGGCACAACUACGAGGUGUUCGCCCCGUUCACCGUGGAGAGGAGAGUGCCCCCCAACGUGUCCAUCUCGCUGGUGCCGUCGAGCUCCCAGCCCGGCCCCGGCCGCCUGCUCUGCUCCGUGAUGGAUUUCUACCCUGCGCCGGUGCAGGUGAGGUGGUUCCAGGAUGGGCAGGAGCUGCCGGAGCACGUGGUGGCCACCGACGUGGUCCCCAACGGGGACUGGACCUACCAGGUGCUGGUGAGGCUGGAAAUCCCCCCCCGGCGCGGGGUCACCUACAGCUGCCAGGUGGAGCACGUCAGCCUGGAGCACCCCCUCAGCCGGCACUGGGAGAUGCCACCGGACACCGUCCGCAGCAAGAUCCUGGUGGGGGUCGGGGGCUUCGUCUUGGGCUUGGUCUUCCUGGCGCUGGGGCUCGGCUUUUACCUGUGGGAGAAGAGCUCCUGCGGCGGCCGCAGCCCCUCCCCAUGGCCUCGGGCCCAGCCGGGACCCCCCAGUCCAUCCCCACGCUGAGUUUGGGGGGUCGUGUGUCCCCUCUGUCCCUGCUUUUAUUCUGACCCCAGCUGGCUGCUCCCAGUGUUCCCAGUAAAGCUUCCCAGCUC